AUGGCAUCUGGGUCCUCAAGGCCUAGGGUAUUUAGUCAAAGGCCACCGACAAUUUCUUUGGUGAAUACAUCUAAAGUUUUUGGUAGAGAGGAAGAUAUGUGGAAGAUUGUUCGAUGGUUGCUAUCUCCAAGUCCUAGUAACAAUGAUAAUAAUUUCUCAGUGCCGCCCAUGGUUGGCAUAGGUGGAGUUGGGAAGAUGACCCUCGCACAACUUGUUUAUAAUGAUGAGAGUGUUGAGAAGCCUUUUGGUCUGAAGGCUUGGGUCUCUGUAUCGGAAGACUUUGAUGUUGUGAGGUUAACCAAAGGAAUUAUUGAGUCAGCCACUAGGUUAUCCCCUAAUUCUGAAUCGCUGGGCCUCCUACAAGUGAAACUAAGAAGAAGCAAGAUAUUGGUUACAACACGGAACAAAAGUGUUUCAUCAAUCGUGUGCACUGUCCCGAAUGAUUAUGAUCUGAAAGGUCUGUCAAACGAGGCUUGUUUUGCACUUGUUAGAAGGCACACUUUUAUAGAUCCAUCCAAUUGGGAAAAAUCUAUGGCUCUCUUUAAAAGAGAGCAAAAAAUUAAAGUAUUUGGACAAGAACUUGUGAAGAAAUGUAAGGGUUUACCUUUGGCUAUGAAGACACUUGCUGGCCCCUUGCGACAUAAAAGGGAGGACAAUGAGUGGAAAGCUAUUUUGGAGAAUGAAAUAUGGGAUUUAAGAGGGAGUGAGAUUCUUCCAUCGCUUAUGUUGAGCUACCAUAAUCUUCCUCCACUUCUGAAUAGAUGCUUUGCAGAUUGUGCUUUGUUUCCCAAAGAUUAUGUAUUUACCAAGUUUGAAUUAAUCAUCUUGUGGAUAGCAGAAGGAAUUAUUCAACUAAGAGGAGAAAAGAGACAGGAGGUUAUAGGGGCUGGGUAUUUUGAUGAACUGUUUAUGAGCUCCUUCUUUGAGUUAUAG